AUCAAUUCCUCACCCACCCGUUCCAUCCACCCAAAAUUAAUCCUUUUCAUCUUCUUUCAUCUCAUCUCUCUUUUUCAUCACCUCCACCGAUUGCUUCUUACUCCUGUUCAUCUCCAUCGCCGAUUGCUUCUCACUCAUCUUCGUCUCCAUCGCCGAUUUUUCACCUUCUCACCCUUCCUCCUCUACAGCUCUGAUCUAAUCACCUUCUCACUCUUCCUCACAUAUUUUUUCUUCUCAGAAACCCUAGAUUUUGAUAUGAGGAGUGGACCUGACAUGUCUUCCGAUCAGGAAUCUGCCUUCUUCAUUCCCAAAACACAAUUUGAGAAGAAAAGCCUCUGCAUGGAUGGUGCGACCACUGUCUUCAAAGUAGAUGAGUCGCCCUUUGCCGGGGAGGAUGAAUUUCCUACCUGCGAAGAUCAUCUAGAGGAUGGUGAUAGAGAUCUGAUUGUUCCAGAUUCCGAAGAAGAGGAUUGCGAUGAGGAGGUGAAUGAGAUUAUUCCAGAUUCGGAAGAUGGUUACUAUGAUGAGGAGUUGAUUGUUCUAGAAUCUGAAAAAAUGGAUGAUGAUGAGGCAUUCGUAGUUCCAGAUUCUGAAGAAGGGGACGAUGAUGAGGGAUUCAUUGUUCCAGAUUCUGAAGAAAGGGAUGAUGAUGAGGCAUUCAUUGUUCCAGAUUCUGAAGAAGGAGACUAUGUUGAGGCAUUCAUUGUUCCAGAUUCUGAAGAAGGGGAUGAUGAUGAUUCAUUCAUUGUUCUAGACUCUAAAGAAGGGGAGGAUGAUGACAGGUUCUCUAACCCUGACUCCCAAAAAGAAUCUGAGUCCCUGAAUUUGGAGGUGGAGGCUGUGGACAAACCUGCAUUCCUCCAAGCAAGGGUUGAUGAGGAUCCAUUUAGUGCUUUUGCUAGCUUACAAUACGACCCGAAGUUGGGAAAAGUGCCUAAGGCAUGGCACAGCUCAUCCACAAAGGCUUUGCUUCAUAUCUGGUUCCCACGUUUCUUCGUCUAGGGAAGUACUUUGUCUCUACUCUCAUUUUUGCGUAUGAGUAGUACUGAAACCUAUGAUUGUCUUGUUGUUUUGUCGCUGCAUUCUGUGUUUCCCAUUUAAACGUGUGAUUCUGUUGUUUGUUUUCGUUGUGGGGAUGCUGUUUAAGUAUAAGUGUGUGUUUGGGUGUAUAUGACUAUGGUCUAUGAUGAAUCAUCCCGUUAAGAUUAUGGUCUAUGAGGAUGCUGUGUAACCCCCACCUUUCGUGGUGUUUGUCGCUCCAUUCUGUGAAUGAAUGUUGAAGUGAUUUGACCAUCUUAUUAGCAUUAGUUGUGAAGGCAGUGUCUGUUAAAGAGCAACACCUAUGUUCAUACUCCUUCCCUCAUUCAAUGUUUGUCCACUUUAUUACGGAGUAUACAUUACUCUUCUAAAUUCAAAUCAGAAUUUACAUUUGAAGUUUCCAAUUUCAGAACAGAUUAUACAUCUUGAGCUUUUAUUAGUUUUAAAUUCUUUAUACACUUCAUCUUUUGAAUUUAAAAACAGAUUCUACACUUGACCUUCCAAAUCAAAAACAAAUCCUAAACUUCAUCUUUCCAAUUUCAAAACAGAAUUUACACUUGAUCUUCAAAACAAAUUCAAAACAGAUUCUACAUUUCAUCUUUUGAAUUUAAAAACAGAUUAUACACUUGACAUUCCGAAUCCAAAACAGAUUCUACACUUCAUCUUUUGACAUUAAAAACAGAUUCUACACUUCACCUUACCAGAUUCAAAACAGAUUCUACACUUCCUUACAUGCCAAAAAUACAUCCAAGGCAUUAUACCCUACACAAAAAUAUGCCAUGAGUAGGUACAUUUAUAUGGUGACUACACUUCACCAAACCAUUCAAAAAAUACAUCCGAGGCAUUAUACCCUAUACAAAA